AUGGCUUGGCUAUCAACGCACGCCGAGAGUCGCCGCCGCGACCGCUCUCGGGCGGGGGAGGAGGGAGGGAGGGGGCGGGGAAGGCCGCACCGCCGCGCUGGGGAGCCGCCGCCGGAUCCCACGCAGCCUCCAGCUGUCGGGGAAACUCCUGCCUGGGCGCACGUGACCUCCGCCGGCCAACCAGCAGCCGCGCCGGAGACUUCAAACGCGGCCAGCGCGGCCCAGCACCCGCGGCGAGUUAGCUGGCGGGCGGUGCGGGGGUGGCCGCGGUGGCCGCAGCUGCCUCGGGCGCCGGCGCCGCCUCUCCGCGCUGUUCCCCCGUUGCCCCCUUGGUACCCCCGGCUGCCGGGGACUGCCUCGCGCUCCAGAGCCCCUCUGAGGAGGAAAACGUCUGUCCCACCGACUGGCAGGGGAUGCUCCGUCAUCCCGUGCGAAGCCCGGUCCAAGGUAGGGCCGGCCGGCGUUCGGAGGACUGUCCAGGUCUGGACAGAAGUGCCAGCCCGGGGUCUCCAGGUUUACAUCAAGUCCGAAUUCAUGGAAAAUAAUUUUAUAGCUAAACUACAUAGGAAAUAAUACAGUCAGAAGCCCAGGAUUCUCAGCCUGCUUCUCCUGUUUCUUAGCUGAUAGACCUUGGAAGUAUUGCUUAAUUUCUGUAAUUCUCAACGUUUUCAUAUUCUGAAUGGCAUCUAUAUGAGAUUGUUGUGCGAUUAAUAAUAACAUUUUUUGGCCGGGCGCGGUGGCUCACGCGUGUAAUCCCAGCACUUUGGGAGGCCGAGGCGGGCGGAUCACCCGACGUCAGGAGUUCACAAGACCAGCCUGGCCAACGUGGCGAAACCCCAUCUCUAUUAAAAAAUACAAAAAUUAGCCAGCUGUGGUGGCGGGCGCCUGUAAUCUCAGCUACUCGGGAGGCUGAGGUAGGAGAAUCGCUUGAACCCGAGAGUCAGAGGUUGCUGUGAGCCGAGAUCGUGCCACUGCACUCGAGCUUGGGCGACAGAGCGAGACUCCGCCUCUAAGUAAAUAAAUAAAUAACAUUUUUUUGAGCACUAUGUGCCAGGCACUUUGUAAAUCCCUGCGCAUAGAUGCAUAUUUUAAAGGACUCAAAGUACUAUGCACAUGGCCUCAUCGACUGCAGAUGCUCUUCGAUUUAGAAAGGGGACACUUCCCGAUAAAUUCACCUUAAAUAGAAAAUAUUGUAAAUUGAAAAUGCAUUUGGUACACCGAUAAACCCAUCGUAAAGUAGAAAAAUCGUAAGUCGAGCCAUUGUAAAUCCGUAGUCUAGCCCUUCAUUUUAAAGACAAGGCAAUUAGGGCCCAGGUUAAAGGGUUUUUCUUUGAUGAGCAGGCCAGGGUUAGAGCUCAGGUAUCCUAUUGGUCUUUCACCGCAUCUUCUUUCUGAUUAACCAAAUCACUCCAUUUACAUAGCAGUCUCUAAACUCGUUGUACCAUCUGUACUUUUUGCAAAUGUAGCUUCUCAUGAUUCAGACCCAAAUUCGGAAACCAGGAACCAUGAGGAGUAUGAUUGAGGCACGUAUACAAGAGAACCAGAUUUAAGGCCUAGUCUUUAACCUCUCAGUAAUGCAGUGGGUAAACUCAGCUAAGUCACUUCCUUUUUUUCAUAUGUAAAAUAAAGGAGUUAAAACUAUUAUCACAACUAAGGUCCCUUGCAAGUCUAAGGCAUUGUGAUGUUUUUAAAUGCCUCAACUGGAUGGAUCCUCAAAUAGACUGACAAGAACUGCUCUACUUGCAAAAGUGAUGGCAACAAUGUAUUUUUAAAUAAAAAGGAAACUAAAUCAAGCACUCUAAAAAUCCCCCAUGCUGCAAAUCACCAUUUCACUAGAUUGUAACCUCCCUCACUAAAAAGCAAGCCGCACCUCUAAAUCAUGAACAAAAAGCACAAUAACUUUUGUUGCCUUUAUUGCUGCAUCUCCAGCCCCUAGAACAGUGUGACACAUAGUGGGCACUCAAUAAAUAUUCUGAGAAUAAAUACAUCUACUUAUAGUCAGGUUAGCAAGCACCUGUAUUCCCAGCUACUUGGGAGGCUGAGUCAGGAAGAUAACUUGGGCCCCGGAGUUCGAGACCAGCCUGAGCAACAAAGCCAAGACCCUGUUUCUAAACUAAAUAAUCAAUACAUUCACUUGUGUUACAAUUGUUGAAUGAGAUUUUUUUCUUUCAUAUUGGGAUUUACGAACUGUUAGGUAUAUUGCGUGCAGUGGAUGGUCAAUAAAUGCCAGAAUUAACAUUUAUCCUUCAAAAUGAACUUUACAACUCCGCACAUCCUUGUCAAUGAACCAGGAACCUAGUUUUUGUGGAGCACAGAAUCUUAUGCCCUUGCACUAUACCAACUGCCUCCCAUUUAUGGGUGUUUCUCUUAAAAAAAAAUCUCUGCCCCUACUCGGCUUACGUGGAGACAGUAGUACAGGAGGUACUCCUCCCAUUUCACCACAAAAAGUCACACCUUUCCUAAAGUGUUUACUAGCUGUAAGAGUGGCUGUUGUGGAGAAAACAUCUUUUUAUUACUAAAGUGGCCCAGGUUCUUAACCAAUCAGGUGUCUUUUCAAUACAGUAACAGAGUUCAGUACUUUAGAAAUGUUAAUUCAUUACAGUCACUUGUAAAGUGACAAACACUAACGACCGUUUUAACAAUUUAACAAGUGUUGAAGUUUUCUGAUGAUUUACUUUUUUUGUUGUUUAUUUUUUUGUGUGUUUGUUUGUUUUUUUGUUUUUGUGUGUGUGUGAGAGAGAGUCUCACUCUAGUGCCCGGGCUGUAGUACAGUGGUGUGAUCAUAGGUCACUAAAGCCUUGAACUCCUGGGCUCCAGCGAUUCUCCUGCCUCAGCCUUCUGAAGUGUUGGGAUUCCAGGCUUGAGCCACUGUGCCUGGCCUUACCUUAAUGUUUAAAAGGUAAAUGAGGGCAGAGCAGUGUCUCAUGCCUGUAAUCCCAAUACUUUGGGAGGCCAAGGUGGGCAGAUAUCUUGAGCUCAGGAGUUCAACACUAGCCUGGGCCAUAUGGGGAAACCCUGUCUCUACAAAAAAUACAAAAAUUAGCCGGGUGUGGUGGCAUGCACCUGUAGUCCCAGCUACUUGGGAGGCUGAGGUGGGAGGAUCACUUGAAUCCAGGAAGCAGAGGUUGCAGUGAGCCAAGAUCACACCACUGCACUCUAUCCUGGGUGACAGAAUGAGGCUCUGUCUCAAAAAAAAAAAAAAAAAAAAAGUAAAGCAAUCUUUACUUUCCCCAGUUACUGAGGAAGCUGAGAGCUGAGGCAGGAAGGAUCACUUGAACCCAGGAGCUGUGGACUGUAGUGUGCUAUACUAUUCGGGUGUCUGCACUAAGUUCGCCAUCAAUAUGGUGACUUCCCAAGAGUGAGGGGCCACCAGGUUGCCUAAGGAGGGGUGAACUGGCCCAAGUCAGAAACUGAGCAGGUCAAAACUCCCGUGCAGCACUGGGCGCAGUGGCUUACACCUGUAAUCCCAGCACUUUGGGAGGCUGAGGCAGGCGGAUCACCUGAGGUCAGGAGUUCAAGACUAGCCUGGCCAACAUGGUGAAACCCCAUCUCUACUAAAAAAUACAAAAAUUAUCCAGGCGUGGUGGCACAUGCCUGUAAUCCCAGCUACUCGGGAGGCUGAGGCAGGGAGAAUUGCUUGAACCUGGGAGGCAGAGGUUGCAGUGAGCUGAGAUUGCGCCAUUGCACUGCAGCCUGAAUGACAGAGUAUGACUCUGUCUGAAAAACAGAAACAAAAAACUCCCAUGCUGAUCAGCUGUGGGAUCAUGCCUGUGAAUAGACACUGCACUCCAGCCUAGGCAACAUGGUGGGGACUAUGUCUCUAUAAAAUAAAUAAAUUAAAAUUAAAGUAAUCCCUAGGCUAUUGAUAUAAUAAUAUCCGUUUCCGUUCCAAUAUGCUUCCUAGGAGAGACUGGAGUAGGUACUGAAAUUGUGCAUGUGAUCCUGUUUACACGUGAACAGUAAUCUGUUCUUUCUGGAGAUGAAUAAAAAGAUUGAGAGUCGGUCGUAGAUCAAGAGACUGACAGUGUGGGCGAGGUGCAGUGGUUCACACCUAUAAUCCCAGCACUUUCAGAGGCCAAGGCAGGAGGGUCUCUUGAGCUCAGGAGUUUAAGACCAGCCUGGGCAACAUAGCAAAACUUCAUUUCUACUAAAAAUAAAAAAAAAAAUUAGCCUGGUGUGGUGGUGCAUGUCUGUAGUCCCAGCUACUUGGGAGGCUAAGGUGGGAGGAUCAUUUGAGCCCAGAAGGUCGAGGCUGCAGUGAGCUAUGAUAGUGCCACCGCACUGCAGCCUGGGCAACAGAGUGAGACCCUGUCUCAAAAAAUUAAAAAUAGCUCUCCCUCUCCCUCUCCCUCUCCCUCUCCCUCUCCCCUUUCCACGGUCUCCCUCUCCCUCUCCCCUUUCCACGGUCUCCGUCUCAUGCCGAGCCAAAGCUGGACUGUGCUGCUGCCAACUCGGCUCACUGCAACCUCCCUGCCUGAUUCUCCUGCCUCAGCCUGCCGAGUGCCUGUGAUUGCAGGUGCGCGCCGCCACGCCUGACUGGUUUUCGAAUUCUUUUGGUGGAGACGGGGUUUCGCUGUGUUGGCCGGGCUGGUCUCCAGCUCCUAACCGCGAGUGAUCCGCCAGCCUCGGCCUCCCGAGGUGCCGGGAUUGCAGACGGAGUCUCGUUAACUCAGUGCUCAAUGGCGCCCAGGCUGGAGUGCAGUGGAGUGAUCUCGGCUCGCUACAACCUCCACCUCCCAGCCGCCUGCCUUGGCCCCCCAAAGUGCAGAGAUUGCAGCCUCUGCCCGGCCGCCACCCCGUCUGGGAAGUGAGGAGCGUCUCUGCCUGGCCGCCCAUCGUCUGGGAUGUGAGGAGCCCCUCUGCCUGGCUGCCCAGUCUGGAAAGUGAGGAGCGUCUCUGCCCGGCCGCCAUCCCACCUGGGAAGUGGAGGACCGCCUCUUCCCGGCCGCCAUCCCAUCUAGGAAUUGAGGAGCGUCUCUGCCUGGCCGCCCAUCGUCUGAGAUGUGGGGAGCGCCUCUGCCCCGCUGCCCCGUCUGGGAUGUGAGGAGCGCCUCGGCCCGGCCGCAACCCCGUCUGGGAGGUGAGGAGCAUCUCUGCCCAGCCGCCCCGUCUGAGAAGUGAGGAGACCCUCCACCUGGCAACCGCCCCGUCUGAGAAGUGAGGAGCCCCUCUGCCCAGCUGCCACCCCGUCUGGGAAGUGAGGAGCGUCUCCGCCCGGCAGCCACCCCGUCUGGGAGGGAGGUGGGGGUCAGCCCCCGCCAGGCCAGCCGCCCCGUCCGGGAGGGAGGUGGGGGGGUCAGCCCCCCGCCCGGCCAGCCACCCGUCCGGGAGGUGAGGGGCGCCUCUGCCCGGCCACCCCCACUGGGAAGUGAGGAGCCCCUCUGCCCGGCCACCACCCCGUCUGGGAGGUGUACCCAGCAGCUCAUUGAGAACGGGCCAUGAUGACAAUGGCGGUUUUAUGGAAUAGAAAAGGGGGCAAGGUGGGGAAAAGAUUGAGAAAUCGGAAGGUUGCUGUGUCUGUGUAGAAAGAAGUAGACAUGGGAGACUUUUCAUUUUGUUCUGUACUAAGAAAAAUUCUUCUGCCUUGGGAUCCUGUUGAUCUAUGACCUUACCCCCAACCCUGUGCUCUCUGAAACAUGUGCUGUGUCCACUCAGGGUUAAAUGGAUUAAGGGCGGUGCAAAAUGUGCUUUGUUAAACAGAUGCUUGAAGGCAGCAUGCUCGUUAAGAGUCAUCACCACUCCCUAAUCUCAAGUACCCAGGGACACAAACACUCUGCCUAGGAAAACCAGAGAGCUUUGUUCACUUGUUUGUCUGCUGACCUUCCCUCCACUACUGUUCUAUGACCCUGCCAAAUCCCCCUCUGCGAGAAACACCCAAGAAUGAUCAAUUAAAAAAAAAAAUUAUAAAUAAAAAAAGGAGACUGACAGCAGGAUCUCAGAGACCCUAGAUCUUCUGGUUAGUCUUGAGUUUAUUAGCCAAACAUAAUAACAACAAUAAAAACUACGUAUUGAUGUUGUAUAUAGUUAUUAGGCAACAGGAGCUAAUACCUGAAAUGAGAAGUACCAUCUGGUUUAUUAACUGGAAUUUGAGAGAAAAUGGGGUACCUAAGGGAGAAAUGAGCUGUAAACCUUCCCUGAGAGCAGGAGCUCAAAGUAUAAUAGUAAGCUACAGUGGUAAAACCAAUCACAUUUUGAAAGAUGGAUU